CUAUAAAGGAUGGUAGCACAUGGAGCAUCGUCAGUAAUUAUCUAACUUCUCGAGGUACGCACGUGUUAUAAAAGUAAGAAGUGUAAUCCUCUUUAUUCCUUUUAGUGUUAUAAUUCGCAUAAGUGUUUCUAUUAGUGUUCUUGUUUUUGCUUUUUCAAAAUUAUAUAUAUAUAUUUUUUGUUUAUAGUGUCUGAAAAAGUUUGUUCUAUAAAAUUGGAGUCGUUUUUGCAAUCCUUGCAAGUUCUGGCUGCUUCGAUCCACAGUUCUAUAUCGGAGGUGGAUUGCCUGGAGGCACUGGCGCGUCCUGGACGUCCGAAACGAGGAGGAUACCGAAAAAAACUAGAUAUUAAGGCACGAAAUGUGGAGCUACGUCGUUUAAAGACAGAAAUUCAGGAGGAUUCGGCACAAUUGACUUCAAUGUUGAAUCUUGUUCUGUGAGUGUAAUUUUAAUUCCUUUGUGUAUUUUAUCUUCUUUCCUUUUUACAAUUUCCUUUUCUUUUUAUUUUAUAUAGUCGUCCAGAUCGUCCGAGUCAAUGCUAUUGUGGAGGGUGUUCGAUUUUACCCAAUAAGACAUUGAACUUGACAGAACAAUCUGUGCCAAGAAAUUUUGUGGACACCAUGGUGUGGAUAAACGAUGUACCGCAAUUUAUUUCGUCGGCCGAAAUUGAGGAUAAACCACUGGACCUUUCUAUGAAGGCUUCCGUCUUAAAUAAAAUUUUUCUACCGAAAAUUUCUGUGAAGGACAUUAAGACGCUUAUAGACGAUCCUUUGUGGCUUGAGCCUGUGGUUAAUGCUGCUCUUCAACCGCAGGCAGAUCCCUCUUCUCAAGUGCAAGCAGGGCCUUCCUUCCAACCACAAGCAGGGCCUUCUUCUCAACCAAAAACAGAUCCUUUCUUCCAACCACAAGCAGGGCCUUCUUUUCAAUUGCAAACAGAGCCUCUUUUUUAUCUACAAGCAGGGCCUUCUUCUCAACCAAAAACAGAUCCUUUCUUCCAACCACAAGCAGGGCCUUUCUUUCAACCACAAGCAGGGCCUUCCUGGUAUAGGGAACCUGAGGAUGUAGAAAUAAUCCUGGAGGAAAUUCGUUUGCCAAAAUUGGUCCCAAGCAGAGUUGAAUUGUGCAUGUGCGGUUUGUGCAACAUAUAAGGUUUUCUUUUCUUUUCGUGUAUUAUGUUUUUUGUUUGUUAUU